UGACCUACUCCGCAUGAGACCCUUCGACGUAUGUUGGGUGUGCGGACAGAGACGAGAUUGGCCGAAGCUUGACCAUUACACUGCAGUGGUCAGUGUUUUUUACACGAAGUGACCACUGCCAUUAUACAGUGUGUAGAAACUGGACAUUGUAUUUGAUACGUAAACGGAAAUACGACUCGGCUCUCCAAUUCACGCUACGCGUUGUUGUAACAUUUCGCCUCAUUUUUUUCCACUUGGAAUAAAGUUUACUGCUUCAAAGUAAAGGAUAGACUACCCCCUGAAUCAAGAUGACAUCAUAGUUUGGUUAACUCUGGUUUUGACUUCAGAGGUGAACUACAUUGAGGGAUACUAUGUGAUCUACUUUUAGCCUAACGAUCGAGGUCUCCUGAUUUCACAUUCUGCUUCCAUGGGACACGCGUAGCGCUUGAAGUAAAUCUUUGAAAAGGAGGCCGCAGGAAAUUAUCUCGUAAAGAACAUGAGACUUGAGCUUAUGGAGCAAGAUGUAGAUUUCUCUGAACCAUCACCAUCAAGCUGACGUGAGCAAGAAAAACAAAUCAACCAUCAUUCUAAAUGGACGUCACUCCUGCUGUCACGUCUAAGGCGUUUUCCACAAUCGCAUCCAUGGAACCUCUGAGAGUGUCCUCAAGCCUCGGAUCCCCUACAGGGGGUGCGAGCAAUUUGCAGACGAUGUCGGCUCCCCACACGUUCUCGUCCGACGUGAAGAUGGAAGUCAUGGAGAGCGAAUCGCCGCCGACAGCCCUCGAUGCUCAUCCUACUGUUAUAUCACGUGUUCCGGACAGUCCAUGCUGGCAGUCAUCCAAUGAUAGCAGCGAUGCUCUCUCCUCGUCUGGUACGGUGCAGUUAAAAGGUGAAAAGAGGAGCGAUGAUAAAUGCUGGGUGUGCGGAGAGAAAUCAAAUACUUUUCAUUACGGUAUAUUGUCUUGCGAAGGAUGCAAGAGCUUCUUCGCCAGGGCCAGCUCUAACCACAUAAGCUACAAUUGCCCAACCAAACAGUGUGUGAUUAAUAAGGAAACUCGGAAUCGAUGUAUGUACUGCAGAUGGAAGAAGUGUGUUGCCGUAGGCAUGUCAAAAACAGCUUCCAAACUUGGCCGCCGUUCCAAGCAGCUCAAGGCUCAGAUCGCGAAGCACGUGCCCAACAAAUCGGCUCCAAUAUCAACAUCAUCAGACUCUGGUCUCGACAGCCCGAUCUGCAGUCCAAACGAUGGCUCUUCCCAUCCAAACACACCCAAGCAGCUCUCCUCCCCUACCCUGUCUGGCUAUGGAGAGUUCUCCCCUCUCAGGGAAGCAAGCUCUAAGUCUUCACGGCACAGCAUAGAGCUGAAUAGCCCUACUGGAAGUGUCUUUAUGCCAACGGAUGCCUCAUCUACUCAGGAAGACUGUGAGCCACUCUCUAGGAAGCACAAGCAUGCUGAUGACGAUAUCCAAUCCAUGCCCAUAAAAUCACCAUUGUCACACCAGUCGCUCCAGUGGCCGGAUGUGUCGUCAGUUCCGCUUCCAUCUCCGACCAGCGCCUGGUUCAAUGUCGUUGAGGACUCUCAGCUGGAAAAGUUUGCUGCUGAUAUCCAUCGCAUACGACUAGAGAGUUUCAUCUUUGAGUGCGCCCACAACCCCAAGCAGAAGGUGCCCCCAGCCAUAGACAUGGACUCCAUCCGUCAGGGCUGCCACAUGGUGGUGAAAGUACCCACGCCGUCACUGAUGGAAUCAAUGCUCGGCUGCAUGACAGACAUCAUCAGGAGAGUUGUUUCCUUCUGCAAACGAAUUCCUGGUUUUGCCGAGCUUCCCAUCCAUGACCGAACGUCGCUUAUCAAGAACAACAUGUUCGAGAUGGUAUUGGUCCACUCUUCGCAUCUGGUGGAACGGAAUGAGCUGUUUGUGGUCAUGGGGGAUCCACAUCUCAUCAUUCCCAUGGAGUUACUGAAGAUGAUCCCUUUCAGUGGCACAAUUGUACCCCUCUUCAGACUCAACGACAGGAUACAAAGUCUUGGUUUGUCAUCCCGGGAAACCAGUUUGCUUUGUGCCAUGGUCAUGCUCGCGCCAGACGGAGAGGAUAUCGAACAUCGCGACACGAUCUCGGUUCUUCAGAACCGGGUUGCUCAAGCCCUUCGUAGAGAGAUCCGAUCUUCGUUACGAGUCGACCCCGAUGACACGUUCAUGCAGCUCUUCAUCGUGUUGCCAAUGCUCCGCGAAAUGAAUGUUUCCCAUCGCAACCUUGUCUCCAACUUCAAGAUGAAGAUGCCGGGGAUGUUCAGCGAUCUUCAUCAGGAGGUCUUCGAGUAGGUUCUUCUAUAACUCCCCGAAUGACCGCGAGAACCUUUGAGGAGAUCAUCAAGGAUGUGUUCAAGUAGUAGAGUGUAUGAUGCCCUACCGAUGACAAAUCCCAAUAAAACAUAAGAGUUACAAUUGAGGAGAACUUUGGGGUGUAAUCAAAUACACUUCGGAUUUAGGUGUUGUUGUUUUUUUUUCAUUACCAUUCAUUGCCUUCUAACACGAAGAUUCACAAAUUAUAAAGCAAAUAUCACACAACGCUUUCUAUGAUUAUGUUGAUCGCACGCAUUGAAAUGAUAUGGGCAGGAAUUGGCCAUGACCAAGUUGUUCUUAUGCAAGUUCCUCCAUUGUAACUCAAUUUUCUAGCGUUGCCCAACACGUGGAGCGUCGGGUCUCGUGUUUCACGAAAGUACAUGGGAAAUCGAACCGCUUUCGAGUUUCCUCCAGAUGCGGAACGGAUCAACUCAUACAAGUAGGAUAUGAUGUGAAUUAAGGACCGAAAACCUUUGUUGAGUUAGCCUGACCAAGCUGGAAAUUGGUGGCCCGGACUUCAUGUAUUUUUUAUGUCUCCAUGCAGUGGAAACCAAUCACUGAAAGGAAUCCAAAUUUAGUUGUACGUUUGGUUGUUGUUGUUUUUUAAUAAGAUAUAUUUAUUUAGUUGGUAUAAUGAUGGGAUAUAAUGUAUGUAUGUUUAAUCACUGAUCACUGCUUAGUAGAGGACUUCGUACAAAGAAUACAAUGAAUGCAUCCCGGAUGAUAUCGGGCUGUUUCACAACAGAUUUGAGGAAUAGGAAAUAAGUAAAAGACGUGUUCGGUCUGGAGUCGGUUUUGCUGAAGUGCUUUCAGCAUCAGGUAUGCACUCUUAUUCUUAGGGUUUUUAC